AUGUGGCUUGUGUUUCGAGGGACCGCCCAUAUAGAGUACCGGCAACUCCAUAAGAAAUAUGGCAACAUCGUCCGCACCGCGCCUAGAGUUGUCGACAUUUCCGAUCCUGACGCCAUACCUAUCAUCUAUGGGAUCAGCAGCAAAUUCAUCAAGUCUCCCUUCUAUCGCACUAUGGACAUGAGCUUUGAGGAUAAAGUUAUGCCUAGCUUGUUCACCACCAUAUCACCCGACGAGCACAAAGAGCUAAAGCGGCCCGUAGCGCAAAAGUUCAGCAUGACAUCCAUUCGAAGUCUCGAGCAUCUAGUAGACCCCUGCAGCGAAAUAUUUACCGAGGCGAUGGAAGACUUACAAGGAGAAGUUGUAGACCUAGGGGUCUGGCUUCAAUGGUAUGCAUUCGAUGUGAUUGGAUCCAUCACGUUUGCGAAACGAUUCGGCUUCAUGGAGAAACGAGAAGAUGUAAAAGGAAUCAUAUCGGCAAUUGAGUGGGUUUUGAUGUAUGCGGGCAUAGUGGGACAAGUCCCCUGGUUGCACCAGUUCCUCUUAGGGAGCAUGCUGUUUCAAAAACUGCUGCGCGCCGUCUCAAACUCCGAUCCCAUGAAGAUCGCUAGCGAUAUGGUGCUAAGUGCGAUUCGGGAACACGAUUCCGGGGAUGGGAGUAGCGACAGAUCUGACUUUCUUGCUUAUUUGCGCCAGCAGCAAAAGUCAACUGGCAUCCCAAUUCAAAGGAGAGAGAUGAUGAAUCACCUGCUUAAUAACAUCCUGGCCGGAAGCGACACAACAGCGAUAUCACUAAGGGCAGUCUUCUACUACGUUAUUCGGGACAAAGGAGUCUAUGCCACUCUUCAGAAAGAAGUGGAUGAGUUUGAAGCGGCAGGUCGACUCUCGCCCGUAAUCACAUAUAGCGAGAGCCUUGAUAUGCCGUACCUUCAGAUUUGCUUGAAAGAAGCUAUGAGAGUGCAUCCUGGUGUUUCCUUCCCGCUUGAAAGAAUCGUGCCGAAGGGGGGUGUCCGAGUGUCCGGAAAACAUCUUCCCGAGGGAACUAUCGUAGGCAUGAACGCUGCUGUUAUUCACCGAAACAAGGAGAUUUUUGGGGAAGAUGCAGACGCAUUUCGGCCGGAAAGAUGGAUGGGCGAGGAGGAGAGGGUCAAGGUGAUGGACCGGCAUCUGCUUACGUUCGGAGCAGGAGCCAGAACAUGCAUAGGGAAGAAUAUAUCAAUCAUGGAGAUGGGAAAGCUGGUGCCACAGGUACUCCGGCAGUUUGAACUAGAGUGGGCAUCAGAGAAGCCAGACUGGAAUGUCAGGACGUACUGGUUCGCUCGGCAGCAAGGACUUCUGGUUCGUUUCAAGUCACGGAAAGCAUAG